AUUUAACAGCCGACGUGCGCGGAAGGCAGAACAAAAGCGCGAAGAUCGUAUGGUGUGAAAACCGCUAAAACGAGUAGCGACAGGGAAAAAGCACACACACAUACACACGCUGACUAAGAAAAAAGACAAAGAGGACUUCAGUGGAUAAGAAGUGCAUUUCAUUGCACAUUCCAGUCUAGUGUACAGUACGAUUUAAGUUGUCGUUGCGUGUGGUUCUUCACCACGGUCCCUCUUCACCGCCGUCCCUCUUCCUCUCCCACACUGUUGCUGUCUCUGUCUCUCUUGCUUUCGCUGUCUGUUCUGUUGCGCGCGCGCUUACGGUGAAAAGUGUUAAAAGUAAAAAGUGUGACCGACCGUAAAGGAUCUGUGUGGCAAGUGUGAUUGUUGUUCGCGGCGCCAACGAGCAGCGUAAUUUGUAACCGUGGCGAAGGAAUUGUCCAACUUAUUAACGUUGCAAGAAAACAGAGCCGAGAUGACACAACAACCGCAAUGGGGCAUAAGCUUAUCAAAGUACUUUAUAUUGCCGCAACGUGUGAUAUUGGCCAUCAUGGGCUUCCUGGCCAUCCUGAAUGCGUACACGAUGCGCGUCUGUCUCUCGCAGGCGAUCACCGUGCUCGUCAUGAAGAAGAACAAUACGGAUGAUGGGGAUGACAGCCAUGCAAUUUGUGAGCCCGAUGACUUGGAUGAAAGCUCCGCCGCCAGCGGUGGCGAAUUUGAGUGGUCCGAGGAGCUGCAGGGCCUGAUUCUAUCUUCGUUUUACAUUGGUUACAUUGUCACGCACGUGCCCGGCGGCCUGCUAGCCGAGAAAUUCGGCGGCAAAUGGACCCUGGGCCUGGGCAUACUCUCGACGGCAGUCUUCACCAUGCUCACCCCACUGGCCAUCAACCUGGGCGGCUCCGACUGGCUGAUUGUCACCCGCGUGCUGAUGGGCCUCGGCGAAGGCACCACAUUCCCGGCGUUGAGUGUCCUGCUCGCUGCCUGGGUGCCGGCUAAUGAACGUGGCAAAUUGGGCGCCUUGGUCCUCGGUGGCGGUCAAGUGGGCACCAUUAUGGGCAACAUGCUGUCGGGCGUGUUUCUCGACUCCUACGAUUGGUCAUUUGUGUUCUACUUCUUUGGCGGUCUCGGCGUUAUUUGGUUUGUCAUAUUUGUCUUCCUGUGCUUCAGCGACCCCAGCAGCCAUCCGUUCAUCAAGCCCAGCGAGCGCGAGUACCUCGUCAAGGAGAUCGGCACAAUUGGACGCAACGAGAACCUGCCACCGACACCCUGGAAGGCCAUUCUAACCAGUUUACCCAUGUUCGCACUUGUCAGUGCCCAAAUCGGACACGAUUGGGGCUUCUAUAUCAUGGUAACGGAUCUGCCCAAAUAUAUGGCCGAUGUGCUGCAGUUCUCGAUUAAGGCAAACGGUCUGUAUUCCUCUCUGCCGUACGUGAUGAUGUGGAUCGUGUCGGUGGGCAGCGGCUUUGUGGCAGAUUGGAUGAUCCGUCGCGGCAUCAUGAACACAACAAACACCCGUAAGCUGAUGACGGGACUCGCUGCCUUUGGACCGGCUAUUUUCAUGGUGGGCGCCUCAUACGCCGGCUGCGAUCGCGUCCUCGUCGUGGUGCUCUUCACCAUUUGCAUGGGCCUGAUGGGCGCCUACUAUGCGGGCAUGAAGCUCAGUCCGCUGGACAUGAGUCCCAACUAUGCCGGCACUCUGAUGGCCAUUACGAACGGCAUUGGAGCCAUCACGGGCGUGAUCACGCCCUAUCUGGUUGGAGUCAUGACGCCGAACGCCUCGCUGCUCGAGUGGCGCACCGUCUUCUGGGUGGCCUUUGGUGUGCUCUUCAUCACGGCCAUUGUCUACUGCAUUUGGGCAUCCGGCGAGGUGCAGCCGUUCAACGAUGCGCCCAUCGAGCCGCGCAGCGUCGACUUCGAGGCCGAGGAGCGCAAGCCGGAGCCCAAACUGAAGGCCAUGCAGCACAGCUCCUAGAGUCCACGUACCCAAAGUGCCAUAACCGUGCUGUGCUCCAGCUCUUAUACAUAUCUAUAUACAUAUAUGUGGCUGUUUAUGGUACAUCACUUUUGAUGCAUUCGUCAUGGAAGCUCCCGAAGACAUUGUUAAUGUACACCGUACAUCUUGCGAUCAACUAAUUGCAAUUGCUAGUUUUAUAGUAUGCCAAAUUGUCGGCCCCCAGUGCGCUGUCUAACUAAGUAUAUAUAGUAUCUAUAAUCCUUAAGCCUUCAGCUGCAGAUCCCUAGCCCAACUGCCCCGCUCUCCUCAGCUCCGAUUAAGCGAAUUUACUUUAUAUAUAUAUGUGCCUUGUAUAUUUGCCUGUUAAACCGUUACCCCCAACACCCACCCCUCUCCCUCGGCCCUCUGCAGCCAUUUACUCUCUUAAUUAUUAUUUAGUAUUUAAUCGAAAAGAAAUUCAAUUUUAGGCUAGUAAAAGAAGAAAAUUAAUAACAAAAAUAAGAUUAUAGAUUGUAUCUAAUUUGUAUUGCGAAAUGUAAAAACAACCCAAUUUAAUUAUUGUACGAAAUUUUUUAAUUGUUGAUCAAUGUGUAACGUUAUCGUUAAAACAUAAUUGUUUUUAUAAUGUUAGUCCAAAUAAAGUGCAUAAACCAAUUAA